AUGUUACGUAGUCGGCAUUUUACCUGCCUUCUCAUCAAUGUCCGACAUGCCUCAAUCAAAGAGAAAUUGAAAAAUUACAAAUUUCCUGAACUGAAGAGGGAGGAUUGCGAACAGAAGUAUAUCUCCGGCUGGGGUCCGGGUGGUCAAAAGGUGAACACGGCUCAGAAUGCUGUUCAAUUGCGACAUGUUCCCACUGGCCUCGUUGUCAAGGUAGGUGAAAUGCGAAGUAUUAUUAUAUGA